UUUUCCUGCUUUAUUUUCAGCAAACCACACAUCAAAAGCCACAAAGAAAAAAAGAAAGAUGGAAACUCCACGCACCCUCCAAGAGUCCACAACACAUCACCAAACUCUUUCUUUCAAUGGCCCAGCUCAGCUCAGCUCAUCCGGACCAGAAUUUAUGUUAUAGUAGAAGAAAAUAAAAGGAAAAUAUGAAAGAGAAAGAUAGACAGGUAGAUAUGGAUGUCUUCAACUGUGCUCCAUCAAAAGACCACGUUUACCAGAAAUACCCUUCUGCAACCCAUCGAAAAAGCCAUCUUCAUCACUGUCUUAACUCCUCUAAAGUUACAAUUUUUAUUUUUCACCCAGUUAUUAUGUGGGCUUCUUGGGGUUUUCUUUGUCUUGGUCAGUUUUCGCAGAUUAAACAGGAAAGCCAGAAACUUCCUCUCUCUCUACACUUUUUUCCUUUUUAUCAUUUUCUUGCUUCUCCUUUAUCCCCCUUGUCUCUUUCUCUUCUUCAUGUUUGCUUAUUUUUGGCCCUUGUGGGGGUUAUUCUCUUAAUCUCCUCCUGUGUUCUGGAUCAUGAAGAAGAUGAAAGGGGUUGCUGCUUCUGUGGAGUAUUCUCGACAUACCAUGUAUGAGGACCAAAGGGCCAGGUUCAAGCACCAGAGCCUUAUGCAGGACUUUCAAGACUUGCACAAGGAAACAGUGGCCAUGAGAAACAAAUUGCAAAUGUUGAAAGAACGAAAAUCGACCCCUGUUGGCCGAAGUCCGGUUUUUCAAAAGGAGACGCAAAUUCUUGAUGCAGAACCAAUCUUCAAGCACACCGGCGAAACGAUUCUUGCACCACCACGGAAUAAGGUUAUCGAGGUAAACCAGAUAUGAAGGGAAAGCAAUCAACCGGAAGAGAGCAUUCUUUGCGACACCUAGCUACGAGCUUUGAUUUGAACCAGAAGGGAAAGACUUAUAGUGAAAA